AGCUCGUACCACUCAGGGGCUCGCGAGGCGGCUCGCGAGAGAUCAGGGGAGCGCAGGGCUGGAAGAGCGACCCGGGGCCCCUGCUCCCCGCGCCGAAGGUCGCCAGAGGGUGGGUCGCAGCCCGAGAGUGAGGGAGCUGGAGGAAAGAGCGCUCGCUCGCCAGCCGCCUCGCUGCCUCCCCGGCACUCGCUCGCUGGACUCUUAGGUUUGCUGGCUGCUCCUCCCACCCCGCGCCCGCCUCCUCGCUCGCUCUCGCUCGCUUGCUGAAGCUAGUUUCCAAGAUCUGCGGUGCGUCAGGGCGAGUGCGGGGCGAGGGGCCCCGGGCCAGCGCCGAGCAGGGGGCGGGGGUCCGGGGAGAGCGCAGCCGGCCGGGGAGUGGCCAUGUCUGGCGCGGGCGCAGCGGGGCCCGUCUGCAGCAAGUGACCGAGCGGCGUGGACGGCUGCCUAACCCCCCUGCCACCUGGGGCGGCGCGGGCCCGGGUGCGCGGAGCCCGGGUCGCACGUAGAGCCGGCGCGAUGCACGUGCGCUCGCUGCGCGCCGCGGGGCCACACAGCUUCGUGGCGCUCUGGGCGCCUCUGUUCUUGCUGCGCUCCGCCCUGGCCGACUUCAGUCUGGACAACGAGGUGCAUUCGAGCUUCAUCCACCGGCGCCUCCGCAGCCAGGAGCGGCGGGAGAUGCAGCGUGAGAUCCUCUCCAUCUUGGGCUUGCCCCAUCGCCCGCGCCCUCACCUCCAGGGCAAGCACAACUCUGCGCCCAUGUUCAUGCUGGACCUGUACAAUGCCAUGGCGGUGGAGGAGGGCGGCGGGCCCGACGGCCAGGGCUUCUCGUACCCCUACAAGGCCGUCUUCAGUACCCAGGGCCCCCCUCUGGCCAGCCUGCAAGAUAGCCACUUCCUCACCGAUGCCGACAUGGUCAUGAGCUUCGUCAACCUCGUGGAACACGACAAAGAAUUCUUCCACCCACGGUACCACCACCGGGAAUUCCGGUUUGAUCUUUCCAAGAUCCCAGAAGGGGAAGCUGUGACUGCAGCAGAAUUCCGGAUCUAUAAGGACUACAUCCGGGAACGCUUUGACAACGAGACCUUCAGGAUCAGUGUCUACCAGGUGCUACAGGAACACUUGGGCAGGGAGUCAGACCUCUUCCUUCUGGACAGCCGCACCCUCUGGGCCUCGGAGGAGGGCUGGCUGGUGUUUGACAUCACAGCCACCAGCAACCACUGGGUGGUCAACCCUCGGCACAACUUGGGCCUGCAGCUUUCGGUGGAGACUCUGGAUGGGCAGAGCAUCAACCCUAAGCUGGCCGGCCUGAUUGGGCGACACGGGCCCCAGAACAAGCAGCCCUUCAUGGUGGCCUUCUUCAAGGCCACAGAGGUCCACCUCCGCAGCACCCGGUCCACGGGGAGCAAGCAGCGCAGCCAGAACCGCUCCAAGACGCCAAAGAACCAGGAAGCACUGAGGAUGGCCAGUGUGGCAGAGAACAGCAGCAGUGACCAGAGGCAGGCGUGUAAGAAGCACGAACUGUACGUCAGCUUCCGUGACCUGGGCUGGCAGGACUGGAUCAUUGCACCUGAGGGCUACGCUGCCUACUACUGCGAGGGGGAGUGUGCCUUCCCGCUGAACUCCUACAUGAACGCCACCAACCAUGCCAUCGUACAGACACUGGUCCAUUUUAUCAACCCGGAGACAGUACCCAAGCCAUGCUGUGCACCCACCCAGCUCAACGCCAUCUCUGUUCUCUACUUCGACGACAGUUCCAAUGUCAUCCUGAAGAAGUACAGAAACAUGGUAGUCCGGGCCUGUGGCUGCCACUAGCCUCUCCUGGGACUCCAACCUUUUGGGCCC